AUGGCCACCCCGGCAAAUGUGAGAACACACACUAAAAUAGCUGGCGCUCCAGACUAUGACGACCCAUCCUACUGGGAUGCUAAGUUUGCGACCGGCCAAGGUGUCGGUGAAUGGCUGAAUCCUGGCGAGAUGCUUAUCGAUGCGGCUUUGUCUGACUUGCAAGGCAGGGCAUCCUUCGCAGCCGGCGUGAUGCCACGUGUGUUGCACCUGGGACCAGGUAUUUCAAAGCUGGGAAUAAAACUUCGCGAUGCCUUCGUCAAGCAAAACUGGAUGGGAAGUGGUAUUGUGAAUGUGGACUUUUCUGCUGAAGCCGUCCGUUUGGGCCGAGAACACGAGAGCACGGAGGACCCGUCUCAUGCCAUGCAAUGGCUACAGGUGGACCUGCGAUCCUGGGAGGAUAUGACUAGUCUUUUCUCGUUUGCGCCGUUUGAUCUAAUCCUAGACAAAGGCACCAGUGAUGCUCUUGCGACAGCCGAGUCGAUUUCCUUCUCGGCUAAUUUUAGCUUGACGGGCAUUUGUCCUACAGUACUAGAAGUUAUCGACAACCAUGGGGGGUUAACAUUAUCUCCGGUAGAGCUGUUGGGGCUGUAUCUGGUCCCGUUAACAAAGCAAGGUGCUGUGUGGAUUGCACUGUCGUAUUCGACCAUGCGGUUUGACAAUCUUCCUUUUUUAGCGAGUCAUUGGGAACUUGUGUCCCGUACCCCAGUGAAGGCGCCCCAGGGAGAAAUUUCGUCUUUUGCGUAUGCUCCGGAAGUGUUUCACUGGAUUUACAUAUUACGCCGCAAGUAA